AUGAAGGGGGUGAAUGGAGCGGCAAUAGGGCUCGACAAGGCGGCGACGGCCGCGACGGAGAAGGUCAUCAUCGACACUGAUCCUGGAAUCGGUACCCACCAUGUCCAACACCCGCCCGCCGUCCACCCUACGCAGACGCGAAUUGUUAAUAACCCUUGAUCGGCGCUCUCUUUGCUGAGUUGCUUCUUUCUCAGUUCUGUUCCACUUUUCUUUGCUCCCUCUUGGAAGAAAUUUCCGAAUCUUUUUCGACGGCUCCGAGAUUCCCAAUUUUACGAUCCUCCAAGCCGCACGGUUGUUGAUAACUCCUCUCUCUCUCUCUCUCUCUCUCUCUCUCCCCGUCUCCGUCUCUGUCUAUCUGUCUCUCGGUCUCCUCUCUCUCUAUCUCUGACUCUGUCUCUGUCUCUCGGUCUCCACUCCUCCCUCUCCAUCUCUGUCCCUGUCUCUGUCUCUGUCUCUCGGUCUCCACUCCCUCUCUCUCUCCAUCUCUGUCUUUGUCUCUCUGUCUCCCCCUCUCUCUCUCUGUCUCCUCUCUCCCUCUCUCUCACUCUCUCUCCUCCCCCCCCCGGCCUCGUCAAAAUCCUGGACAACUGUUUUGAUCGGUUGUUCCCCGUUCGGUUGCUCUGGUUGUUCCCGGGGUGGGUGUUUAGAAUCGAUGGACUUAGAGGAUUGAAAGAUGUGUUCUUCCAGCACCUGUGCCGAUAGUGGUUACUGCAUAUCUCACCAUAGCCAAAUAUCUGAACGUGGGUGAUUCUGUGAGCAACCUCCCUACUCUUUUCUGAAGGGGAUUUUUCCAGUAUGUUCUUUAUGAAUUUUUAUCUCCGAACUUUAUUAUACUCUGCAGUCCAGUUACGAUCAAUACUAUAAUUUAUAGAUUUUAAAAAAGAAAUGGUUCUUGGAAAAUUUUAUAUUUUUCCAAUUUUCUAGUUCAUGGGAUAAGAGAGAUGAAUUUUCCAGUAUGCAUAUUAAUGCAUAUUAAUUUUCUAGUUGAUAAAUUUAUAAUUUAUGCUCUGAUAAAUUUUCUAUAAAUUUAUAAUUUAUAGGAUUCUUUCUCCCAUUUUAUCUAUAUAUAUAUAUUAAUGUAAUCUGAACUUACAUAUUCUGCAUCGUUCGAAAGCAACUGGGAAGACUCCUUGCUUGAAUGGUUUUUUUUGUGAGAUUUAUCAGAUUGACUUCUAAUGAGUUGGCAUCUUAUUCCAUCAAAAAUAAUUAUUCUUUAAUUCUACUCUGAAGAUGACAGCAUGGCGAUCUUGAUGGCUUUCCAGUCACCAGAGCUGGAGAUACUGGGUUUGACAACCAUAUUCGGCAAUGUUCAUACUGAUGUCGCCACUCGAAAUGCACUGCUUCUGGUUGGCCCCUCUCUCUCUCUCUCCCUCUCCUUAUCAAUUUUUUUCCCUUCUACAUUUUUCCUCCUCCAUUUAUCAUUAGUAUAGCUUUUUGAAACUAUUUUCAUGAUUAAUAACCACUUAUUCUCGUAAGAGGACAGUGUGAGAUGGCAGGGCAUCCUGAUACUCCGGUGGCAGAGGGCAGCUAUGAGCCCCUAAAGGUGAAGUGUUCUUUCUGAGCUGAUCGCUGUGGCUUUUGUUUCACUAGCAACUGAUGACUUAUGAUGCGUUGACUAAACCAAACCCACCACUUAUAGAACGGCAAAGAUCAGAUUUUUUUUUUCAGACUCCUAGUCCUCUUUGUUUCUGUGUGAGGCCCAUUUUAUCCAAGUUUCUUUGGAAUAAGGGUUGACUGAUAUUUGUCCAAAUGGUCUUCAGCCAUUGUCUUCAUGAUUUCUUUUUCUCAUGGUAUGAGGAUGUUCCUCUCUCACAGGGAGGGAAGCCACGCGUUGCUGAUUUCGUCCACGGCUCCAAUGGAAUGGGAGAUAUACCUCUGAGCACACCCAAGGGACAGAAAGCUGAGAAGAGUGCACCCGAGUUCUUGGUCGACAAGGUUUCUGAGAACCCUGGCGCGGUGUCCAUACUCGCACUCGGGCCUCUGACAAACUUAGCCUUGGUUAGCAACCGCCCACCGGUGUUCUUUCUGAUGUGAACCAAAUGGCACUCUGUCGCUCCAUUGCUGCUGCUUUACCCCACCCCUGAUGCUCUUCUUCUUUCUCAUGGGUAGGCAGUGAAGAGAGACUCGUACUUCGCGAGCAAGGUGAAGAGAAUAGUGAUCCUCGGAGGAGCAUUCUUCUCGGCUGGCAACGUCAACCCUGCUGCCGAAGCAAACGUAAUCUCGUACCUUUGAAUUCUGUGAUGCUACAGCGAGAUGAUCCCUGCCAUGGGCAUCAUGUGAAUCCGACUAUGUUUUUCAGAUCUACAGCGACCCAGAGGCUGCCGACGUGGUUUUCACCUGCGGGGCAGAGAUUGCUGUCGUCGGCAUAAACAUCACGACCCAACUCAUCUUAACAGGUGCCCCGCUCGCUGCAAUGCGUCAUCUCAUUCCUCGUGAGAUGUUAGCUUGUUCUUCCGGGCGCCGGCUCAUGGGCUCACUCUCUGGUUUCAGAUGAGGACUUGGACGAUCUUAGGCUUUCCAAAGGCAGACAUGCCAAGUUCAUAUCCGACAUCUGCAAAUUCUACAGAGAUUGGCAUGUGGCAUCCGAUGGGGUCCAUGGUAGUUCCUCGCACGUAUUAUAAAAGCCCGUCAUUUCCAUCGCCUCACUCACAUCUGCGCAUGCAUGCAUGUUAUAUGUGCAUAUAUUAUCCAUGUAGAUAUAGAGAUAUGUAUGGAUUGCUGACCCAGAUGUUGGGGUUGCAGGGAUCUUUCUCCAUGAUCCUGUGAGUUUUGCCGCCCUGGUGCGCCCUGAUCUGUUCACCUUCAAGAAAGGGGUGGUAAGGGUGGAGACCCAAGGCAUCUGCAUGGGCCACACCCUUCUGGACCAAGGAUUAAAGAGGUUGGUAAAAAUCCUUUCUUUUUCUUCUUCCCGGCGAGGGUCUCCGGCUACCCCUAUAGCUGCCUGCCCCUCCCCCAGCCAAGAACUCCCAGAGAUUGAAGCUCUUGACGUGGACAGGUGGAAUUCGAGCAACCCUUGGACUGGGCACUCCCCAGUCUCGGUGGCGUGGACAGUCAACGUGCCUAAAGCCCUCUCAUUCAUCGGAGACUUGCUCAUGAAGCCAUGA